AUGACUCGGGUGUCUGGGAAGCGAGCCCCACCGACGUACGCGCAGCACGAGCGUCGUUCGCACGCCGCGCGCACUACUAAGACAGGCUACUUCAAGGCGAAGUCGUGCAAAAGGCACCACAUGCGACAGCGAGCUCCUGUGCGUGACUCGGCUCGAGCGUACCGUUAUGGCGUGAUAAAAGUCGCGCCUUUGAGCAAGUAC